CCGCUCUGGAGAACCUCUGCCCUACAGGAGGAUUAUCCCUGAAAUCGUCCCAGAUGUUGGGAAAUCAGGGCAAACCACUCCUCAUUUGAAUUUUAACACAUAUUCAUUUUCUUUAAUGUUGUGUACAGCACUUGAGGAACUGUUUUUAUGGCUACACAACGGAAAAGUUUGAAUUGCGUAGAAUGGAUACUUUAUUUGUUUCCAGAAUGUGGCAUCUGCACACACCUGAUGUGAAAGAAGAACAUGAGGAAGAAAGGAAUCCGUUUUUAUUUUUCUGACUGACCCUGCCAUUUAUCUGUCCGGAUGGCACGGAAAAGGCGACGUCCAUCAAGAGAAAGGGCACCUUAACAUCUCAGAGGGCAACAUAAAAUAUGCGAAAAAGUGAUUAAAAGUUAUGGAGAGUUUCGGUCAAGUCGAGCCAACUCAGCCGGUGAACAGCACAAACGACAGUUUUAUUACAGAUCCAUCCACUGUGGAUGUGGCAGAUGGUCUCGCCUUUCAGAUCAGCCUGGCAGUUAUCCUCUCCGUUAUCACGCUCGCCACCACUUUAUCUAACGCCUUCGUAAUCGCAACCAUCUCCCAGUCUAAGAAAUUGCAAACUCCUGCAAACUUUCUGAUCGCCUCUCUGGCUAUCACCGACCUGCUGGUGUCCAUCCUGGUGAUGCCCAUCUGCGUCCUGUACACGGUCAUCCACACCUGGACGCUGGGGCAAAUCGUGUGCGACAUCUGGCUCUCCUCGGACAUUACGUGUUGCACGGCGUCCAUCCUCCACCUGUGCGUAAUCGCUUUGGAUAGAUUCUGGGCCAUCACGGACGCAGUGGAGUACACCAAAAAGCGCACGCCGGGGCGCGCAGCAGGCAUGGUGACCACAGCCUGGGUCAUCGCCAUCUCCAUCUCCCUGCCGCCUCUCUUCUGGAGGCAGGUGAAGGCGGAGGAGCUGACCAGCUGCAGCGUCAACACGGAUCAUAUUUUCUACACCAUCUACUCCACCUUUGGGGCUUUCUACAUCCCCACAUUGCUGCUGAUUGUCCUCUACGGGCGGAUAUACGUGGAGGCACGGAAACGGAUCCUGAAGCAGUCCCCCAAGAUGGUGGGGAAGAGACUCACCUCUGCGCACCUGGUCACCAACUCUCCAGGAUCCGUGGCGUCUCUGCAGUGUGGGAAACACGACACCCCGUCCAGCGACACCGGGUCUUCAACAAGCGAGAACCAGGUGAAAGUGACCGUGUCAGACGCGUUUUUGGAGAAAAAGCGUAUUUCUGCAGCCAGAGAGAGAAAGGCGACAAAGACUUUAGGGAUAAUCCUCGGCGCUUAUAUUGUUUGUUGGCUUCCGUUUUUCAUUUACACAUUGCUGGUGGCCACGUGUGAAACAUGUUUUAACGCCGAGCUAUUUGACUUUUUCACCUGGUUGGGCUAUCUGAACUCCCUCGUCAACCCGAUCAUAUACACAAUGUCCAAUGAGGACUUCAAGAAGGCUUUCCAUAAACUUUUGCGCUUCAGAUGCUGCAGGUCGUAAAGGAAUGUGAUUUUAGUCUCCAAUAAGAUGUAUUUAUGUUUUGAUAUAACGUUAUAUAAAUGUAUCAGAUAAUAUAAUAAGAAUGCCAUAACAAAUAUAAUUUCUGGGACUGACAAGAGGAUGUGCAGACAUGAGAUAUAUAAUUCUAGUUUUUAUUAAUGUAGUAAAGUAAAUCCCAUGGAUGUGAUGCUAAAACCAAAACAGGGCUACUUUAAAAAGCUUGUUUUGAUUUUUUUUAAAAGAAAAAGGAUUUGACUUUAAGAAGUAGGAGAAAUUCAGCUUCACACCUCACUUGUCAUACAUGCUUCUCUGUAUGAGCAAAUGUGCAGUGUUGUAGGAUACAUUCAGUAAUGUUUUUUUUGUAUUCUGUGUUCCUGUUUGGAGUAUUGCGUGAACCAAUGCACAGUGAGCUACUCCCAUGUGAAGACUGCCACAUUAAUGCAAGGUAGCAGCAGAGAUCAUGAACAUCUGACAUGAUAAGUGAAAAAAUGAAAUGUGUACCCAAGAUCUUUUUUGCAUCAUGUGUACAUCAUGUCUAUGUAUUCUGAUAACUUAUACCAGUGAUAUAUAUUUUCCUUGUGGUCAUGGACUGCUUGCUGCUACUCUAUGUCUGUCUUUGGUCAUUUACCAAUCACACUCAUGCAGUUUGAGAAAAGAUUAAUAUCGGUGUCAAACAAAGAAACUGUAGCUGAUAUUUACCCAACUGAGCUGAAAGCUGACCAUGAGUUCAAUGUUGCUGAACAAAUACCACCUUAUUUUACUGUGUGGGUCUAAUUUCUACAUUUAAUCUGUAUCUAUAAUGUUAUUUUCAUGUGUGAAAUGAUCUGCCUAUCAUGACUAUUGAGAAUGAUUUACAUUUUAGAGCCUGGCCUGCAGAGCUAUAAAGAUAAUACUGAGUUUGUCAGCAUUAUGUGAAAUUAUGUUGUUCUAGGAUUGUAUCUGUUCGAGAUGCUGUCCAAUAAAGUCUUUAAGCUAUUUAUUUGGCACAGUUGUU